UUCUGUAAAUUGAAAUAAAAGGUGAAAAAUGAUGGAGACUUUGAAGAAUCACUACUUUUCCGUGGUUUUCCUCGUCAUUUGUUCUGCAGCAUUGUCCUUAGCGUUUCCCCAAGUUCAAAGACAUCAGUUUGUCAUUCAAGAGACACCAGUGAAGAGGCUGUGCAAGACUCAGAACAGCAUCACCGUGAACGGCAUGCUUCCCGGUCCUACACUCGAGGUCCGGAAUGGUGAUACGCUCGAAAUCGAAGUCGUCAACAAAGUCCGAUAUAAUGCCACCAUUCACUGGCAUGGUGUUCGGCAAAUGAGGACAGGAUGGGCAGAUGGACCGGAAUUCGUAACUCAGUGUCCGAUUCGACCAGGAGGGAGUUACACCUACAGGUUCACUAUUCAAGGACAAGAAGGAACAUUGUGGUGGCAUGCUCAUAGCUCGUGGCUUAGAGCCACUGUUUACGGAGCCAUCAUCAUCCGUCCUAGGGAAGGCGAAGCCUACCCUUUCCCUAAGCCGAAGCGUGAAAUGGCAGUCAUGCUCGGUGAAUGGUGGAAUGCUGACCCCAUUGAUGUUGUUAGAGAAGCAACACGGACAGGGGCGGCUCCCAAUAACUCCGAUGCGUAUACAAUCAAUGGUCAACCUGGUGAUCUCUACAAAUGCUCCUCCCAAGAUACUACGAUAGUUCCGAUCGAUGCCGGCGAGACCAACCUCCUCAGAGUGAUCAAUGCUGGCCUGAACCAACCGCUUUUCUUCACCGUUGCCAACCAUAAACUCACUGUUGUUGGUGCUGAUGCUUCCUACUUGAAACCCUUCACCACUUCAGUCAUCAUGUUAGGCCCAGGCCAAACCACCGAUGUUCUGAUCAAAGGUGACCAGCCACCGGCUCGAUACUACAUGGCAGCUCGUGCCUACCAAAGCGCCCAAAACGCACCCUUCGACAACACUACCACCACUGCAAUCCUUGAAUACAAAUCUGCACCUUGCCCUGCCAUAAAAGGCAUCAAUGGACCCAAACCAAUCAUGCCUGCUCUGCCUGCCUACAAUGAUACCAACACCGUCACUGCCUUUAGCCAAAGCUUUAGAAGUCUCCGAAAAGCUGAAGUCCCGACCGAUAUCGACGAGAAUCUCUUCUUCACAGUUGGUCUCGGACUCAACAACUGCCCCCUGAAUUUCCCUUCGAGUCGUUGUCAAGGACCAAACGGCACUCGUUUCACCGCAAGCAUGAACAAUGUCUCAUUCGUGCUUCCACAAAACUUCUCUCUGUUACAAGCACACCAACAAGGCAUUCCAGGAGUAUUCACCACUGAUUUCCCGGGAACUCCACCGUUGCAAUUUGAUUACACCGGAAACGUAAGCCAAUCACUCUACCAACCGGUUACAGGAACCAAGCUCUACAAACUCAAGUAUGGAUCAAGGGUACAAAUUGUGCUACAAGACACAAGCAUUGUCACACCCGAGAACCACCCGAUCCAUCUCCACGGUUAUGAUUUCUACAUCAUCGCAGAAGGUUUUGGAAACUUCGAUCCGAAAACCGACACUUCCAAAUUCAAUCUCGUGGAUCCACCUCUCCGGAACACGGCAGCAGUGCCAGUGAAUGGAUGGGCAGUCAUUCGAUUCGUGGCUGAUAAUCCAGGUGUGUGGAUAAUGCACUGUCAUCUGGAUGUGCACAUCACAUGGGGCUUAGCUAUGGCUUUCCUUGUGGAUAACGGUGUCGGAGAAUUACAGACACUACAAGCACCGCCGCUGGAUUUGCCGAUAUGUUAGAGGAUUCAUCAGAAGAGAGACUCAAGAAUAAUUGAAAUUCAGAAGUCCAAUAAUUUCUUCAUUUUCCUAGCAAACAAAAUCAGUGUUAUUUUACCCAGCAAUAGGGGGGCUAGUUCAUCAUAUGUUUUCAUUAUUUCCUUGGGACAGAUAAAAGUGCCAUGUUUUG